UUCCUGUUGGAGUGUAAAUGGGGACAUGACAUAGACGUGUGUGGGAUAAAAUUUCAAGUAUUUCUCUGGGGUGUGUUUGAUUUCCACUGGGACUGAAAGAACAUUGGAUUUUAAAUAUUGACGCCUUGACCCGGCGGGGUGGCUGACUGCUAUGGAAGCGGUACCUCGAAUGCCGAUGAUAUGGCUAGAUUUGAAAGAAGCAGGGGAGUUCCAGUUUAGCACGUCUGUGAAGCAGUUCAUUUUGAAGAACUAUGGAGAAGAUCCGGAUAGUUAUAAUGAGCAGCUGAAGAAACUGGAGCAACUUCGGCAGAGUGCUGUAAACGUGACCCGAGACUUUGAGGGAUGCAGCACACUGCGGAAGUACUUUGGGCAGCUUCACUACUUGCAAAGUCGUGUGCCCAUGGGGCCAGGGCAGGAGGCCGCUGUGCCCAUCUCCUGGACUGAGAUUUUCUCUGGGAAGACGGUCAGCCAUGAUGACAUUAGCUAUGAGCAAGCCUGCAUCCUCUAUAACUUGGGAGCGCUGCACUCCAUGUUGGGAGCCAUGGACAACAGGGUGUCUGAGGAGGGAAUGAAGGUGUCUUGCACGCACUUCCAGUGUUCUGCUGGGGCCUUCUCCUACCUCAGGGAUCACUUCAGCCACAACUUCAGUGUGGAUAUGAGCCACCAGAUCCUCAAUCUCAACAUCAAUCUCAUGCUGGGUCAGGCCCAGGAAUGCCUUCUAGAGAAAUCAAUGCUGGAUAAUAGGAAAAGUUUCCUUGUGGCUCGAAUCAGUGCCCAGGUAGUGGACUAUUACAAGGAGGCAUGCCGGGCAUUGGAGAACUCUGAAACAGCGUCCAUGUUGGGAAAGAUCCAGAAAGACUGGAAGAAGUUGGUGCAGAUGAAGAUCUACUACUUUGCUGCUAUCGCUCAUCUGCAUAUGGGAAAGCAGGCUGAGGAGCAGCAGAAGUUUGGAGAACGGUUGGCUUAUUUGCAGAGCUCUAUAGAUAAGCUCAGUGAAGCUUUGAAGUUGGCUAAGGGUCAGCCAGACAGUGUACAGGAAGCUCUGAAGUUCACUAUGGAUGUAAUUGGCGGAAAGUUUAAUUCUGCAAAGAAGGACAAUGAUUUUGUUUACCAUGAGACUGUCCCAUCUUUGGAAACACUACCAUCAGUAAAGGGUGCCCCACUGGUCAAAGCCCUGCCUGUGAAUCCAACCGACCCCACGGUCACUGGUCCCGACAUCUUCUCUAAACUGGUGCCAAUGGCUGCCCACGAGGCCUCCUCUCUCUACAGUGAGGAGAAGGCCAAGCUGCUGCGGGAGCUCGUGGCCAAGAUUGACGGCAAGAAUGAGACACUAGAGCAGUUUAUGGACUCUGUGAGCCUGGACCCAGACUCCGUAGAUAACAUGGACAUGUACAACACCAUCCCUCCUGUGCUCAUGGAGAAAUGUGCUGCUCUCAGUGUCAGACCAGACACGGUGAAGAGCCUCAUUCAGUCCAUGCAGGCCCUGUCGGGCGUGUUCACAGACGUGGAGGCGUCGCUGCGGGAGAUCCGGGACGUGCUGGAGAAGGACGAGGCCGAGGAGCGGAGCCUGCAGGAGGUGGCGGGGAAGCAGGCGGUGCCCCCUCAGCCCGCCGGCCUGGCCGAGCUGCGGCGCGACCUGGAGAAGUACCUGGAGUACCACGAGAAGGCCAGCUUCACCAACACCGAGCUGCACCGCGCCAUGAACCUGCACAUCAGCCACCUCAGGCUGCUGGGGGGACCACUGGACAGCCUGAGAGAGGCGCUGCCCCGGCCAGAGCUCAGCGAAGAGGAUGCAGCGGGUCUCCAGUGCAUCAAGAGGAUUCUGGGUAAAGUGCAGGAGAUGCGAGACCAGCGCGUUUCCCUGGAGAAACAACUGCGAGACCUUAUCCAGCAGGACGACAUCACCACUGCGCUGGUCACCACAGAGCGUGCGGAGAUGAAGGUGGUGUUUCUGUUCUGCCCCCUCAUCUCUUCUUCUCAUUUCAUUAGAUUAGAUGAGACAGGGUUCAUUAUAUGUCAUAUUAGAACAUGCAAGCAGAUCACAGAUCACAACAAAGUUGAAGUGAGUUGUUAUUGGCCUCCCACUGCCCCAUCGGGGCUGUACGCACCCAUGCGCUUCCCCAAUCUGCCCCCUCCUGAGCUCCUGGCUCGCAUCUCUCGCCUCCCCACCCCAGGUUACCCCCAGAGUCUGCCUCCAGGUCGCCAUCCCCACCAGCUUCCCCAGUACUCCAUGCCACAGGCGCCAGCCUCUCAGCCCCCAGCUGUCUCUGCCUACGCUCCCCAACACUCACAGGCCCACAUGGGCCCACCUGUAGCCCCAGGCCAUGCCACAGCUCAGGCUCCAGUCAGGCCAUCCACCACUACCGUGGACAGCAUCCAGACUCCCAUUCCAAGCUACGCACCUACCCCGGGUCAGCCGAUGCCACAGGCACCAGGUCCACACCAGCCAGUGUCUGUCGGGUACACACCGGGCCCACAGAUGGGCUCCUACCAUCAGUAUAUGCAGCAGCAGCAGCCGGGAGUUCCCCAGGGAAUGCCUCCUCAGCAGCAGCAGCAGCAGCAGCAGCACUUUCCCCAGGCCCCUUCAUCUAUACCUGGCCAUCAGCCACCCCACUACCAGCCAGUCCCUGCACAGCAGCCAGUGUCCCGGCCAAUGCCAGGGCCCCAGGUGCCAAUGCAAUCUCAAGGCCAGUACCACCAGUAUAUGCCCCAGCAAAGGCAGCCUGGGCCUCCGAACUUCCCUCAGGCUUAUCUCCCUGGGCAGGUCCCACCUGGGAUGCCGACGGGGGCACCUUCUCCACAGUCCCACCCCCACCAUGGUCAGCCCCAGCUCCAGCAGGGGUAUCCCCCUGUGUCCAUGGUCCCCGGGUCCCAUCCAACACAGGUGCCUGUUAGUGCUGUCGCACAGAAUCAGAUGCCCCCACACGGUCCCCAUCCACAGGUGCCUCCCACUUCACAGCCAAUGCCUCCGGCCUCCAUGCCAUACUUGCCCCAUGUGAGGCAGCAAAUGCCCCCAGCAUCCCAGCCAUAUAUGCCCACAGUCAACCCCCAAAUGCCGCACUCUCAGCACCCUCAAAUGCCCCUGCCCUCUCAACAAAUGCCCUUGGGGCCUCAUAUGCAGAUGCCACCAGGGUCCCAGUCAAGAAUGGCACCCCCUAACGCUCAGUUGCCACCAACUUCUCAACCCAUGCCCCCUGUAUCUCAUUCCCAAAUGCUGCCUGUGUCAAAGCAGUUGUCACCUCCAUCUCACCCGCAAAUGCCGCCAGGCCCUCAGCAGCCCCCCCACCCCGCUCACCCGAACCAGAUGCCCCCUCAGCCCCUUCACCCGCCCACAUUCCAGCAGACGCACUUGCCAAGGGGUCCUCAGGUCCAGAUGUCCCCGGCCUCAAUGCCCUCCCAGCCCCCCAUGCACCCCAACGCUCUGCCACCUCAGCGCCACUCUCACCCUCAGGGUGUCCCACAGACCCAUCCCCAGAUGCCCCCUCACGUGGCCCAGCAGCCCAUGCGUAUGCCCCACCAGCCUCUCCCACCCCAUACAGGCCCUAUGGGCUACCCUGGAGCGCCUUACAUGAUCCACCAACAGGGACCUCCGGCCUCCUCCCAACAAGCGCAGCCUCAGCCGUUGACUCCACAGCCCAUGGCUCCCCAGCCUCUCGCCCCCCAGUCCAUGCCUCAGCCCCCUCCUGCAUCUUUCGCUCCCUCUCAUGGUGGAAAUGUGCCACCUGGACCCGUACAGCACCCGAGUGCAGUGGGCUCUGGCCCAGCACCUCAGAACAUGAUCCCACCGAUCCCUCCGUCGACCGGCGCGGUUGGGGCCCAAGCGCCCAACGUCCUCCCCUCCCCAGCUCCGUCUCCAUCGCCCUCGCCGGGGCCCCCGUCUUUAGGCAUGAACCCGCAGCGCCCAUCCCCCGCCCUCACACCUGUCGGGGUGACUCCGCUCCCUCAGACUCUGUCGUCCUCCACCUCUUCCUCCUCCUCGUCUUCCUCCUCUGGCCAUGCUUCGGACCCCCUCUUCCAGCGGCAGAACUCUAGCACCGACGACCUGCUCUCCUCCAGCCCCGAGAGUCAACACGGUGGCGCUAAAGACAACGUCCUGCUGCCGACCAAAGCCGACCCCCAGGAGGACGGUCAGAGGCGCAAGAAGUCCGAGGCCGUCCGGCUCAUCGAGGGCGACCCGUACCAGGCUCCGGAGCGGAUGUUGCGACUCUGCGCCGAGCUGGAACGUUUCCGAGCCACGGUGCAAUCCCUGGAGCACCCAACUGGGGAAGGGGGUCUUUCAGAGCUGGAUGCCCGAUGGAAAGAGCUCCAAGACCAGCAGGAGAAGGACGCCAGGCAGCUCUCCAUCGCCAUCGCACGCUGCUACACCAUGAAGAACCGACACCAAGAUAUCAUGCCUUACGACCGUAACCGCGUUGUCCUGCGCUCGGGCAAGGAUGACUACAUCAACGCAAGCUUCAUCGAGGACUUGUCUCCGUACUGCCCCCGGCUCAUCGCCACCCAGGCUCCACUCACAGGAACGGCGGCCGACUUCUGGCUCAUGGUGUAUGAGCAGAAGGUGUCGCUGGUGGUCAUGCUUGUGUCUGAACAGGAACUUGAGAAGCAAAAGGUGCUGCCUUAUUUCCCCUCGGAGCGAGGUCAGCAGCUCUCUCAGGGACCAAUCACGCUCACCCUUACAACCCAGAAGACCACGCCCACACACGUGGAGCGCAUGAUCAGCCUGCAGUACCGUGACCAGAGCCUCAAGCGCACAGUCAUCCACCUGCAGUUCACCUCCUGGCCUGAGCUUGGGCUGCCUGACAGCAAGAGCAACCUGAUACGCUUCAUCCAAGAGGUCCAUGGCCACUUCCUGCACCAGAGGCCUUUACACACUCCCGUUGUGGUGCACUGCAGCUCUGGCGUGGGCCGCACUGGCGCCCUCUGCCUGUUGUAUGCUGCACUGCAAGAGGUUGAGGCUGGAAAUGGCAUCCCUGACAUGAUCCUGUUGGUGAGGAAGAUGAGGCAGCAAAGGAAGAACAUGCUGCAAGAGAAGUUGCACCUGAAGUUCUGCUAUGAGGCUGUCCUGAAGCACGCAGAACAAGUCCUUCAGCGCCACGGGGUUGCUGCUAUCCCGUGCAGCAAGACUGUCAACAACGCUGCCAUUAAGCCCUACUCCAGACAGGAGUCCCAGGACAUUGUCCUGGGCGGAGACCUGCCCAUCAGCUCCAUCCAGGCCACCAUUGCCAAGCUCAGCAUCCGGCCCCAGAGCGGCAGCGACUCGGAGCAGGAGUCCAGCCUGGAUCUGUACCCCUCCGCUCCAGCCGAUCUCUCCCUCCAGGUGGCCCCAGAGUGCCCGAACGACGCGGCGCUACACGACCCCUUCCCCAGUGAGCCUCAGCCUUCCUCCUUCAGUCCCCCUCCUUCCGUCUCCUCGUCCUCCUCCUCCCCGGCCAAAGUUCAGUCCCCUUCACCGCUGGCUAACCAAGGCAAUGGGUUCGUGGAGCCUUCCCCAGGCUCUCCUACAUCCAAUCACCAUACCGCGCCUGCCUUGGAUCCUUCGGGGACGGCUUCCCCUCCCCCUGGCCCCACCUCCUCGUCUCUGGACCUCCUGGCUUCCAUGACGGCCGAGGCCUUCACGCUAGAUGCCGCGUGCCGGGGCAAGCCGCGAAUCAACAAGCAGAGCUUCCUCCAGCCCCAGGAGGGGCAGGGCUUGCAGGGGCCGCCUCAAGGCGACGACCCCCUCAGCAACCUGGAUCCUCUCUGGACCCUCAACAAGACCUGAGGACCCCCAAGUCCAGUUUCACCAUGUUCAGCAUUCCAGAACUGACCGUUUCCUCAGCAUGCACCUCUCUCGUGUCUCUUCACCAACGCUGCUGGACACUUCCAUGGACUUGAAAUCAUUCAGUGUCUUUACACCAAAAAAAAAAAGAUGGUUGGCAUGAUUGAGGCUUUAUGGUGAAGUGCGCUUGCUAGCAGAGAGUCCGUUCUCGUACAGGAGGCCUUCUUAAGGACUGACUUGUUGGUUUCUGAAUUGGCACGUUGAUGCUGGGCACGGUUCCACUGCUGCUUAUUCUGUGGCUUGUCUCUUGUCAAGAUUAUUGCACACGUUUAGUGAUAUAGCGAUCUGCUGUAUCCAUCAAAUGGUAUUAACAGUAGGGCCAAGUUGUAGCUGGAGAUUAAGACCUAGGACAUCCUAGACUGAUUGAAGUACUACUUUUACACUUACUGAAUUGGCACUUCUAGAUCAUUGCAUUCUAACGAGUUGAUUCUUUCUUGCCUUUCUUUUAACAUUGUGUAUAUAUCUAUCAAUAUCUUAAUUAAAAUCUGAAUCCUGGAAAUUGUCUUGUGCAAUUUGUUUGUCAAAAACAAAAAUGUUGUGAGACAUAAUUGUGUAAUACUCGCAAUAAAACCAUUCUCUUGAACUAAUUGCAACAAUAGAAUUGCAACAAACCAGGAUUAAUCAUUGAAAUUACCAGUCUUUUGAUGCCUAUGGAAAUAAAUGAAUCAUUAUUUUAAAUAUCA